GCCAAGUCAUGUCCAGUAGUAGUUGUAAUAUUGAGAACGCCGCACAUUGCUCAGCCCUUCAGCCCAAGUUCCCAUCUGCAGAGAAUGACCCUUUUGAGAAGUCGCCGCAACAAAAGAUCCCUUUUGGGGAAUUGUCGCGGUCCAAGCGUUUGUCACUAAUAGCCCUGAGCCUGGUAUAGACUCAUAAGACCAAUUCCACAGUAUUGGUCUGACUGCCUUGCUAUCGUCG